GACGGAAGGAGCGGGGGAGGCCCCUUACGCAAACUACAAUUCCCGGCGGAGAGCGCGGUGGAGGGGGGUGGGAUCUGAACAUGGCGGCGGUGGUAGCUGCUACGGCGCUGAAGGGCCGGGGGGCGAGAAAUGCCCGCGUCCUCCGGGGAAUCCUCUCAGGAGCCACUGCUAACAAGGCUUCUCAGAACAGAACCAGAGCACUGCAGAGCCACAGCUCCCCAGAGUGCAAGGAGGAGCCUGAGCCCCUCUCCCCUGAGCUGGAAUACAUUCCCAGAAAGAGGGGCAAGAACCCCAUGAAAGCUGUGGGACUAGCCUGGUACAGCCUGUACACGCGCACCUGGCUGGGGUACCUCUUCUACAGACAGCAGCUGCGCAGGGCCCGGAAUCGCUACCCCAAAGGCCACUCCAAAACCCAGCCCCGCCUCUUCAAUGGUGUGAAGGUGCUUCCCAUCCCCGUCCUCUCGGACAACUACAGCUACCUCAUCAUAGACACCCAGGCCGGGCUGGCUGUGGCUGUGGACCCCUCGGACCCUCGAGCUGUGCAGGCUUCCAUUGAAAAGGAGGGAGUUACCUUGGUUGCCAUUCUCUGCACCCACAAGCACUGGGACCACAGUGGAGGGAACCGUGACCUCAGCCGUCGGCACCGGGACUGUCGGGUGUACGGGAGCCCUCAGGACGGCAUCCCCUACCUCACCCACCCUUUGUGUCAUCAAGAUGUGGUCAGUGUGGGACGGCUCCAGAUCCGGGCCCUGGCCACUCCUGGCCACACACAAGGCCAUCUGGUCUACCUGCUGGAUGGGGAGCCCUACAAGGGACCCUCCUGCCUCUUCUCAGGGGACCUGCUCUUCCUCUCUGGCUGUGGACGGACCUUUGAGGGUACCGCAGAGACCAUGCUGAGCUCGCUGGACACUGUGCUGGGGCUGGGCGAUGACACCCUCCUGUGGCCUGUGCCCGUCCACCCUGGGAGAGGAGCGCUCCUACAACCCAUUCCUGAGGACCCACUGCCUGGCACUGCAGGAGGCUCUGGGGCCUGGCCCGGGCCCCACAGCGGACGAGGGCUGCUCCCGCGCCCAGCUCCUGGAGGAGCUCCGAAGGCUAAAGGACAUGCACAAGAGCAAGUGAUGCCCCAGUCCACCCCAGCCAGCCCCCCUGCAGUGGGGAGGCUGCCCGUCACCUGCACAUCACUGUCCUCCUCAUGGCUACCACCACCACCUCCACCUGCGCCCCCAGUGGACAUCGUCCCCUCCCCACUGGUUGCGGGGAGGAGAAGGGCAAGGUGAUGAGAUUAAGAGUGGCCAAAGGCUGGGAGACCCCAUGGAGUGCGGCUGGUCAUCAAGGGUGACAAGAAAGGAAGGAUGUUGGAACAUCUCCAGACCUGGUUACUAGGAGGUCCCUCUCUGUUCCUGCACUCCUGGGCCAGCAGGGAAAUGUGGAGGCUACUGUCAGCCCCUUCCCCAGGAGGCCUGGCUUUCACUGUAGCCCCAGACUAGGGCGGCAGGAACCCUGACCAGGCUAAGUCCAUCUUCUGCCUUUGCCCCGUCAAGAUUGAGGGACAGACUCUUCCCAGUAAAAUGGUGUCAGGUAUGGUGCCUUGGGAAAGUGGUCGCUGCAAGGCUACCUGCUCUGGGUCACUAGGCCUCUCCCCUCCUCCCAGCCUCUCACCCACCCUACCUUGCCAAGGCCUUUGCAGGCAGAGCCAUUCCCAGAACCCCAAGGGGCUGGAAAUCUGUCUCUAAUCUCAGCCUCCGUGGGCCCCCGGCAGCCUAGAAGCAGGAGGGUCCUGGUUGCCAAGGAAACCUCUGCCUUAGGCUGAGGAGACCCCGGAUGCUGAGAUGCAGAGCCUGACCGCCUGGCCAGCCAAGCUCCCUGGCCUGGGCCUGUCUGCUGGCCUCUGCCCCUGCCGUGGGUCCCAAGGGCUUCCCAGAGGAGAGAGAGCCACAGUCUGCCUCUGACCAGUGCAGUUCCCUCCUUUUGGCCCUUGCUCUUGGGAAUUUCUGCCUGCCUUCUUCUAUCUAACCAUCUCUCUUGCUGUAUCCUCAACCCCUCUCCUCUUUUGAGUUCGGGGCCCUGACAUUCAUCUUGGCAGUUUGCCAAGAACUUCCAUUCCCCUGAGUCCCACUGGCCCCUUGGCCCCUCCCUGGCAGGGAGGAGGGCUCUGCAGCAGAAUGCAGAAGUGUGGGAGCCGUGGUGGCCUCCAGGGCCCUCGCCCUCUGCUCCCCUCUCCUCUAGCUCUGCUUCUCCUCUAGUCUCGGGUCCAGGUCCCUUUGGGGCCUAGAGAGGGACCCUGUGGUCCUCCAGCAGGCGUACCUGGGGUCAGCCAGGAGCCUUCUCUUCAAGUGUCAAAGCCUUGCCUCGGGCUCUCCUCACCGCACAAGACCCUGAGAUGCCCCCUACCCUCUCUUUCCCCUCCUCAUCGGGCCUCCCUGCCCUCUGCAGCCACGGCCCCUGGAACAACUCUAGCAAUACCACCAGACUGGUUAGCAGUCUGCGCCCGAGACACAGUUUCAUGCCUCUGUGCCUUCGCUCACGCUGUUUCUUUGAACCGGAAUGUCUUCCCCCCCCCCUCCCCCUGCCUCAGCUGCCUGGCAAACACCUGUUCAUCUCCCCCAAGAGCCCUCCCCCACCCCCAAGGCACCCGUGCCCCUCCUCCCCAGGCUACCUCUGCACUUUGUAAAUGCUUCUCUCUCUCUCUGUCUCUCUGUUUCUCUCUCAGCACUUAUCAUACCCUAUUUUACUUGUUUACAUGUUUGUCUCCCCUUCUAGACUGUGAAUCCUUAAGGGCAUGGACUGUAUCUUAUGCAUCUCUGUAUUUCUGCGCCUAGCACGGUGCCCAGCACAACAGUAGGCGCUCAAUAAAUGUUGAAUGAAUGAAUGAUUUAA